ACUAUUGUCCACCCAGAGUGUGCUGCUCCUGCUCCUGCUGCUGGUCCCCUCUUUACUACAAACACCAGACCUCCUGCGCCUCAAGUCUCCACUCUGUGGUAGGUCUGCGUUUUAGGAGUAAUUCACACAACCGUUGUCUGUUGAAGCGAGUUGUAGGUCCUGAUUUAACACGUGGUGAAACAUUAACUUUUAGUCGACUUUUAAGUGCAUAAAAGUUGGAGGUUUUGCCUUCCUGCAGUCACAGAGCACAGCAGAGUGGGACGGACUUGGAUGUGAGACAGGAGCUCCCGAUGCACCAGUGAGGAUCCAAACUUAUCCACCCAAAAAACGCAAGAUGACGAGGGUAAGUACGAGCCGUGCUUUUGCUGAGACAAAAGGGUCGUUUGGGUUUUUUUCGUGAAACAGUUUGUGUUGUUAGAGUGCGCGAAAAGUUUGGAAAAUUAAUCAAGCCCAUCGUGAAAAGUUACUCAAAGUGUAGUCGCAACAGGCGCAAGGGAGCGGAGAGACCAAUACGUACGAAAAUGGAGCGUAAAUGUGUUUGUCUUGAUGUACACAUGAGGACGUGUCUUACAAUGGGCUACCAGCUCUGAGUACGGGUCCCGUUAAACCACAAAGACCAGUUAAUUGUGGGAUGAUGCAACAGGCGCACCAAAGCCUGCCUAAAAUAUACAAGACAUACAAACAUUUGGGUGCUCGAGAGUUAAACAGCAAAAAUUGAGUAGUUGGGCAAGUGUUUUAGUACUAUUCCCCGCUCAAGUGUCUAACAUAAGACACACAUGACAAGUACAGAUACAAGUGUUUUUACAAUUACAAGCCAACAAUGAUAGCAGAAGAGCUUGUUACAGUAGACAAAUAUGCCAGUAGGAUAGAUAAUGUUCUUGCUCAUUUGGUCCGAUUGCAAUUCUUCUUCUUCUUUUUUUAUAAUUAUCUUUUUUUUACCAGAUCUGAAACCUUAAAAAAUCUACAUGGGUUUUAGUUUUUGCUGUGUGUAAUGCUCUUGUAGCCCUUUAUUCCCUUUUGUAUCAUAUUUGAUACAUACUUUUAUGAUACUUCUAUCAAUCACUAUGAUCAACAAAUUACAAAAAAAACACCUUAAUACAGCCCGAUAAAUGAUAAAAAUGCCCUCUUGUGGUUUAUCAAUUUCCAAAAACAGCUGAUGUUUCAAACAAAAUAAAUAAAUAUAUUUGUUACAUUUGAAGGACAUUUAGAUUUUUUUGGUUUUCAGUAGUAAGUGAAAUAAACAUUUCAGCUCCAAGAAAAAUUUAAUUUUCUGGCCAUAAUUUGUGAUUUCGGGCAUUAAAGGGUUUUAACUGUGUUCCUGUAGACAUUAAGGCAAAUAGUUUUCAAGGGUCGUGUUACUCUGUUUGAAGAAAAAAAAAACAGGCUUAUUUUAUCAUCCAAAGAAGUUUCUUUGCAGAAAUGGUCACUGUUGGACUUAUAAGAUUUUCCAAUAUUGUUUUGAUAAGACCAAAAGCUCCAAAAUAUGCUUGCGGCAAAGAGGAUAAACAGCCACACCUCAAAGAAAUACAAAUAUUGUGAUGCUUAUGUAUAUGAUAAUCAAAUGUAAACAUGUCGAGCUUGUUGUCCUGGUUUCAACCUGCAUGUGUGCCUACAUUUGUAUACCAAAACAAAAAGCGAUGCGAGUGAGGAGACAAAGUCUUUGUGUGUGUAACUUAUUAGGAGUCUUAAUUAAACCAUAUCUCAAAGCACUCUGGUAAUAGUAGAAUUGUCAUUAGAUCAGAUUCACUGUGCAUUUUGUGGAGACACUGUUUAUUACCUAAUUAAAUGACACAAUUUUCUACCCAAUUGGGACUAAAAAUAAAAUUGCACACAUGUGUAUCCGUAUUAAAACAAAUUAAUGUUUCAGUAUAACACUAAAGAGCAAUUAACUCUGUGGCUAAAUAUAAACUAUUACUAAUGCUGUGAACAGCAUUAGAACAGUGAUCAAUAGUUCAGCUGAGUGUGUGUAACUUGUUUCUGUGUAAUGAUUGCCUUGAGUGACUUAUUAGGUAUGGGCUUAAAGUUAGUACGCUUGAAUUCUUACCACUUUGUGGCAAAGUAUUAUCACUGCUUUGGAUCAGUAAGUUCUCGGUUAUAUCUGAUUUAGGGAUAAGAAGUGGAAUAUGAAUGUUAUACAGCAGGAUUAUGUUUGAUUGUUUUGGUCAAGAAAUUUAAAAUGUUACCAAAUAAACAUCUCCCCCUUUUUUUAGAAACUAUGUGGGACCAAUUAUCCGACCAGUAUCUGCUUCAUAGUGGUGAACGAGUUCUGCGAACGCUUCUCCUACUAUGGCAUGAAAGGUAUGCAAACAGGCUGUCUGGACAACACAUGGUAACUCUGACUGACCUGAGGAAGAGGAUUACUAGCUAACAGAGUUGGUUUAGGGUCUUUAAAUGCCACCGUGAAGAGAAGCUGACUCAGUGUGAAGUGGUGAUGCUCAGCUCGUAAAGAGUUUAAAGUGGGAGUGAAUAAGGUUGAGAGAGCAGAAAAGGACAGAUAAGGCAGGAGGCUCUGUUUUUCCCCCACAUGACCUUACUUAUUCUCACAUGUCAGCCUGUCACAUUACUUCAAUCUGUUCACACUGACAUAUAGAUAUUCUAUACAAAAGCGCCUUUUAACAUUGAUUAGAAACAUAAAUUACACCUCUGGUUAGUCCCGGCAUGCUUAUUUCACUCAUUAUAAAAUGUGAAUGACAUGUUGUAAAAAAUGUGCAUCAGUACUUUUUAUAUAAUGUGCAGAAAUACUUUUGAGAAAUUUGCAAUUAAACUCCUUCUAGCAUAUCAAAUAAUAAUUUUCAUAUCAUGUGCAUUCAUACUUUUUAUUUUGAGUGGAAUAUACUUGAAUCACAUGCAAUAAUACUUUCAUACCAUGUCAAGUUCAACUUUAAAUAUGUGCAAAUAACUUACGAAUCUUCUCAUAUCAUAUGUACUAAUGUUUUUUUUUACAACAUGUGCAAUGAUAGUUUAACAUCAUGUGAAAUAUACUUGAAAACACACACAAUGUUGAACAAUUUCAGCUAUUUAAUUCCGGAGAAGAAUUUUAGUUGAAGUUGUUUGAAAUUAAGGACACAUCUAGAUGACAUAUCGUAAACUGUUUCAACUUUGCAUGCGUAAUUGAAAUUGUUCAACACCUGAGAUAAGUCCUGAGGUAAAAUUGUGUUUCUGUUCACAGCGGUGCUGACGCUUUACUUCCUAACUUAUCUGCACUGGGACAAGGACCUCUCCACAGCUAUCUACCAUGCCUUCAGCAGCCUCUGCUACUUCACACCCAUUCUGGGAGCUGUCAUUGCUGACUCCUGGCUGGGAAAAUACAAGUGAGUCUUUCCAUCUAAAUGUGUUUCCUCCCGGGUUUUAAGAUUCUUACUUUUUCUUUCUGUAGCUUUUAAGAUGUCCGCCUUUGUCAAACUAAGAGAACAGAGGUGGAUUUAACAGCAACAACAAAAAUCACACUAUAAACCCUUUCUGAAAUAAUGCCCCAGAUAAUUCACAGACAUUCAUGUGAAAAGGCUCUGGAUUUGUGGAAGAAGUCAUAAAUGGGGUGUUGAAAUGUUGAAAUCAAUAAAUCAAUUUCAUCCACAGAUAUGCUCAUAAUUUAUUUCUUCCUGUUUAUAAUAAAUCAUCAGCAAUCUUUAAGCCUUCAAAUAUAGGAGCCUUUUCUAAAUUGUCGAACUCCUCCUAUUAGUGGAGAUGAGUCACUGGCCACACUCUCACAGAGAUAUAUGUACAUAAAAUUGCAGUCUGCAUGUCUGUAAUCACAGUUUGCUUUAAACAGGACCAUCAUCUACUUGUCCAUUGUGUAUGUGAUUGGCCAUGUGGUCAAGUCAGUCGGAGCCAUUCCCACUGUGGGAAACACAGACGUGCACAUGUAAGUUACCGCAAGCUGAUUCACUCACUUUGAAUGUGCAGAAUCAUAUUUCAGAAACAGAGACACACUUAGUGAUGCCACAGUAUGAGUAGACAACUAGUUAAUAAGACUUUAACAUGUUUUAACAGACAAUCUUGAAUUUCUGAUUAUGUGCAAACAACAGUCAAACACCAGAAAGUGUUUCCAUAUCACAACAUAUUACUUUUGGAAAUAUAAGAAUAAUAGAAAUUUAGAUUCAUGGCCAUGGUGAAUGAGUUAUAUUUAUGGUCUGUGUGUGUUUUAGUGCUUUGUCCAUGGUUGGUCUGAUACUCAUAGCCCUUGGCACUGGAGGAAUCAAACCCUGUGUGGCAGCAUUUGGUGGAGACCAGUUUGAUGAGUGUGCUGUAAGUAACUAUACCUAUUUUCUAGUUUGGAGAUGUUAAACCAGGGUAAUGAAUGAAAUCAGUGAAGUCCAAAUUGGAAAUGGUUCCUAUGAUAAAAGCUAAAAACCAUCACUAUAAAGAUGGACUUUUUCUGUUUGGUUUUAUUUUCAUGUCUGGAGUUGCUGGUGGAGGGUCAAAGUGUUACAAAACGCUGUGUCAUCAAUUGAAGAAACAGUCGUGUUUUUAACAUUUUCAACAUGAGACCUUGAGAUACGAUGCAGUGACUUUUGAUUUGAUAGGAUACAGUACUAUAUGCAACAAUACAAUGAUAUUUAACCCAACAGAGUAUACAAAACUUUUGUAACACAAAUCUGAAACCUCCACUUGGAUCCAAAGAUCAUAAAUUACAGUGUUACCAAACCCAGAUAAACAGCUAAAAGGGAUUUCUGAUUUUAUUGUUGAUCACCCCCAGGUCACUGAAAGGCAGAAGUUCUUCUCCAUUUUCUACAUGUCUAUAAAUGCUGGGAGCCUCCUGUCAACCAUAGUCACACCCAUCCUGAGAAGUAAGCACUCACUGGGUUAAUCUUUGAUAUGGUUAAACUUUGUAUCACACCAUGCAACUGAAUCACAAUAUCGAUGCCAUUAAAGCUUUAUUUUCUUCUUGCAGGCGAUGUGAAGUGUUUUGGUAAUGACUGCUACGCCCUGGCCUUUGGGGUCCCUGCUAUUCUGAUGAUAGUGGCUACAGGUGAGCAUCACUUCACCUGUAAAUCCACUGUCCUAUCCUAUCCACUGUUGUUCCCAUGAUGGAUGGGCAGUGGCUUUGUAACCCUCUAAAAACAAUGUGCUAAAGUUCAGUGAUGCCAGAGCAAAUUUUUAGGCAAUGAGCAGCUGAGCAGGAACUUCUGGCUCUCUAUGAUGAAACAAACUCCUCUGUGCUCCCACAUUAAAUCUUUGCAAGGAGCCAAAACCUGCCAACUGGUUUUUGAUCCCCCGUGUAGGGCUUUAAAUAGACCUAGUAUACUCAUUUCGCCUCUCACUGUCUCAGUCUGGGACUCCUACUGAGUAGCUUUGCAUGAUUUGCACCUAAAAGAACUAAUUAUUUAUCUUACAUGGGCAUCUUUGAAAUCCCUAAUUUCAGUGCCUUUGACCUGCUGUUAUAAUAUCACUUUCAGCUUGUGUUUUAGAGCUUAGAUGGGAGGUCUUUAUAGAUGGAACAACCCUAGGUUUUCCCAUAACAAUUGAAAUGUAAAUGCAGCUCGUACUGGCCUUUUUUAGAGAAGACAGUAAAGUGAUGAGCACAAAUAGCUACUGUGACUGAUGAUGUCCUAAAAACAUAAAAACCUCCCACUUUUUUCUGGAGUCUCUGUUGUUGGGAAGAGAAAAUAGCUUUGAUUUUCUUUCACAACCAAGAAUACACUUGCCACUAACAUUGCAUUGCGAUAUAAGAUGAAUCAAUUAAGAGUUAAAUGGGGAGAGAAAUUCAGAAAUUCUUGUGCAUCAUUAUUGCACCUACUCCCUUUCAAAGACCGCCUCAGGCUGACACUUUUUUUAAUUCCAAAAGUGCUGACUCAGUCAAAUGAGGCUGAAAAUGAUUGGCUAUCUGACAUAAUUUUUAAUGAUACAGUGGUGAUACGUGAUGAAGUUAAUAUCUGAAUUAAUACUGUAUGAAAGAAACUCAAAUAUUUAUGUUUGUGUGCCUCCAGUAAAUCAUACCAAGCUCCGGUCUUGAUACAUUCCCUAAUGUUUAAAUUAAACCAUAUCGUUGAGGUUCGAUCUCUCUGAAUCUAAGCUGUGUUCAGGCAGUGAUCUGUAUGCUGAGGGUGUGUUUGCAUUAAGUCAAGCUCUCAACAGGCUGGGCUUCAUAUUGAUCAAGGCCCGUCCACAUAAGACCUGACAGUCGGUUGUCUCUGGCCGUGAAUCCCCGUUCCUGCUGAUCCUUAUAGGAUUCAUGCUUGGUUGACUGCUCGCUCAGAAAACAAAGUGUGAUUUUAUUACUCAGGGGUCAUGCACAGAUCACAGUUAGUGUGACAUGAAGUUCUGUUAUUGAUGACUGACUUGUGAGACUAAGCUCUGCGUGUUUACGACAUGUUAAAGUGAGUUACUCCAAAGCGCUGCUGAAAAGAAGGCUUACAAAUCUGAAAUGAUGUAGCACAGUCUGUAGCAGACUGUGCUUCUUAGUUAGAAAUAUAAGCAUGUACUUCUAAAAGCAGGUAUGUAGAGCAAUUGUUUACACAACUUUCAAUUCACUUUCAACAUAAACUUUCUUCCCUGCUUUGUGCAGUUGUGUUUAUUGCUGGCAGCGGACUGUACAAGAGGAAUCCCCCGCAAGGAAACGUACUUUUGCAAGUCUGCAACUGCAUCGGGGUGAGUCAUUUCCCAAUCCUCUUGAGUUGUUUUAGAGGAUUUCUCUCUUUAUUUUGCUGCAAUAAAGGUGUGAAAUUAAAAACAUUGCUUCUCCUCCUGUUGGUGAUUCAUCUUCAAACUUUUCUAAUUCUGUUUUUUCACUUUUGGCUUACAGUUUGCCAUCAAAAACCGCUCAAAAGGAUCAAAGCAUGCUUCCUCGAGGGAGCACUGGCUGGACUGGGCAGAGGAUAAAUACUCGGUAAUAAAAAUACUCCUUUCACGACCUCAUACAUACAGUGCCUGGAAAAAAGUGUUCAUACCUCUUGAACUUAUUCACAUUUUGUCACUCUACAACCACAAACUUAAAAGUACUUUGAGUUUUUUUGUCAUAGACCAACAAAAAGUAGCACAUAAUUGUGAAGUGGAACUAAAAUGAUACACUUGUCAGAUUUUUAUUUGUUUACAUUUUUGAAAACCGUGUAUAAACUACUUUGUGUUGGUCUAUAACAAAAAAUCUCAAUAAAAUACUUCUAAGUUUGUGGUUGUAGAGUGGUGUUUCCGUGCACCAAUAAUUUCUCUGUGUUUGUGUGAACAGAAACGACUCAUUCAAGAGAUAAAGAUGGUGCUGCGGGUUUUGGUGCUCUUCAUUCCACUUCCAAUGUUCUGGGCUUUGUUUGAUCAGCAGGUACGUUAAGAUAAAAGAAUAAUAAACUGUCUUAACAACUAAGCCAUUGUGAAAGAACUGAAGGCUGCAGUUCCUCGAGUGUCCACUUGAGGUUGGUGCAAAAGCCCCAAAGGUCACAUACACACCCAUUCUAAGUAGCCUAUCUUUACAUUGAUAUUGAAUAUGUUUUCAGGCUGGUACAAAAAUAACUUUUCUCAGAGUAGCUUAUUCCUUUCUUCUCCCACAUUGUAAGGGAAGUUAUGUCUUUUACAAUUUAAUAUUUCUGAAGGUAUUGGAUGACCAGAAGUUAGAUGGAGUCUGCAUUUCCAUGAUGGCGACCUCCAUAGAUAUUUUUUGUCAGUGCAGCACCCAUUUUAAACAAAUGCAAGGAAAGAUCUGUUGUGCUGUACAGAAUCUUGUCUGUUAUGGACCUCUCGGUCAGUGAACUGGCAUUGAACAACUCAAAUAUCUACCCUGUCACCGAUGAUCUUAAUGUAAGAGGUCAAAAAGAGCCAUUAGUACCAUAAAUCUGUAAAACAACUUCUGAGGGUUUAAACUUAUCUUCAUUUAGUCUGUUUAGUAUCUUGUGUGCAGCUGGGGCAAAGUGGCUGAAGCGGCUUCACUUUGCUCUUGUUACUGAGCAAAGCUGACUUUUUAGUUUUUUUUUCCACUUUAUAAUGUAGUAUUAUGUAAUUUUAUUUUUCUAUGUGUACAUACAGUACAUAACCACCUUCUUAGUCAGCACAACUCCAAGGUCCUGAGUCAUGACUCUAUAAAAUCCCAUAACUACCUGUAAUCUUCUCCUCUGACCAGCACUCAACUAAACCAUCUGAUAAAGAAAAACCUCAAAGCCACAUUCAGCAUUUUACUCACCCUGGACUCGUUCUUUAUUUACAUCAGCUGAAUUACCUCAUAAAGAAUGACAUUUGAUAAGCAAUUCUUGAUUUUACCUGUAGAUUAAAACAAAAUAAACCCUGUGUGGGUUUGAGGUCAGCCAGCUGUGGAGCUGCUACCUCAAAAUACAGUAACAGUGAAGCUGUGAUUUUCUUCAUUGCAGGGUUCCCGCUGGACUCUUCAGGCCACGAGGAUGAACAUGGCUUUUGUAAGACUUUAUUUAAACAGCUUAGCAAUGAUGUGAAAAUUUGAAGAGCUGAUAACAUGUUUUAUUCACUUUGUUAUCAGUGGGUGGGUUUUGUUAUUCUUGUAAAACAGACUUCGUUUGUGAGGAUGUUGUUGUGUUUCAUUCCAGUAUAUGACUUUAUGGUCUGACUAAAUCCUUCGCUUAAGUUUAUGUUGUUUUUAUUGUCUGAGAAGCACAUUGUGUAAUAACUCUGAAAGUUAAACUUUAAAUGGUUGUCUUGUUAAAGCUCCUGUGAGGAACUUAUCACUCACUGUUAUUAUUUACAGUGGAAUUGUGAACAAAACUUUCCUUCAGUGAUCAUGUAGUUUCCCCCACCCCCCACAUUUCCAAUCUCAUUGCAGAUGGUCUUGUUUGCUUUUUAAAGUCAUAAAGAGUCAUUACUGUAAAUAUCAGCCAGUUUAAUAACCAUAAAAUCUCCUUACAGGAGCUUUAAUUUGAAUUAUUUUGUUUGUUACAGGGGGAUUCUGUCAGCAUUAAGCCGGACCAAAUGCAGGUACGUUUAUAUAGGAAUAUUUCCUCUAACUGGCUUCUUACUCUUGCAUUACUGCCUACUUUUAACUUCACUGUUUGUGUGCACAGUAAAAAAACAGAAUGUCACAGUCACAAUGAAUUUAUAACCAGGUCUGUAGUUAUACAUGGAUGAUGUUCCAAACUGGGCAGUGCUGCAAAAUGCCAUCUGGCGUCUGAGUUUAGUUAGAUCUUGGUAGUGGAGCAUUAAAGUGUCACGGCAAUAACUGUCAACGAAUUGCCAUCUGUUAUCUGAGCUUAUUAACAUGUGGAUGGUAAAGCAUCAUGGCACCAGGGCGAUAAGUGCUAGAAAUAUUAAUGAUUAGUUGCACCAAAAGAUUUUUUCCAAACAGUCUUCUUGACUGGCUUUUUCUUAGGACUUUUUUCAUACUGCAGUGUUGAACCUGCCUUAAAAAGAGCCUCUACUGUCACCUGACACUAAGGUGAAAACCUUUAAACAAAUUUAAAAGUAGACUUGUUCUCAGUCUGGUUGUUUCCCCACUUUAGCGAGAGGAACAUUAAAACCCUUGUGACUAUUUUUAACCCUCAGACUCUGAGUAUAUGUCAUCUAUACUCUGAACUGUCUAUGUAUUCUUUAUGUGCAAACGUACUGAGCACAUUGGAUGACAAAUAUUUGUCUUUUCAAGAGACUCAAUCACUUUGCAUAAGACACAGAUCUUAAUCACUGCCAUCAGGUCAUCUUUUCCUGGUUAUAUUGAAACAUAAUCAGCCUUUUUCUACUUACACAACUCCAUCUUUAUGAUUUGAUGAGUUUUAUUUAGCUUUUAUUGAGUCAUUUAAAGGCCCUCCUUCCUCUCUAGAUGUUGAACGCUCUGCUGAUUCUUGUCUUCGUUCCCAUCUUUGACCUCGUCAUUUAUCCUGUGGUUGGCUUUUGCAGAAUCAAAGUCACGUAAGUAGAAGCUUGUUUUUUUUGGGUCCUCCCAUGUUAAUUGCACACACCAGCAUUUUAAAAAGCCUCUUAAAACUAGAAAAUGAGCCAUGUGACCUCACAUUAGUACCCUAUGAAACAGCCUCACACACGUAGGGCACUCAGCAAGUAUAUUCAUUAUCUUGGGACUGGAAAAGAAAAGCUAUCUAGGGUACAAAAUAUGGUAUCAGGUGAUGUUACAUAAACAAACAAACCCACUGCAGUCACUGGUUUAAACAGAGAGUACUACUGGUUAUAAAGUACACAUUUGCAACAGAUGGCUUUAUAUGUAACAACGGGUGGGGCAGUUUCUUAUCAGGUAGGAGAUCAUGGAGGACGCUGAUUUGGAAAUCACUUUACAGAUCAAUAAAGAUUUGAAUCUCAAAGCUUGACUCCAUAAACAUCCUUUAAGUAAUAAAAGUUGUGUAAAAGUGUUGAUUCUUUCUAUUUUCAGGCCUCUGAGGAAAAUGGCAGCAGGGAUGAUUUUUGCAGCGUUGGCUUUUGGAGCCGCCACAGUGGUGGAAGUUAACGUCAUAGUGAGUAUAAAAAUCAGAAAUCAGCAAUUUUGCCUCGUCAUAUAAUAAAGGGAUGCUCACUAAAGCUCUGUCUUACCAACAUAUACCAUACUAUUUGCAUACUUGUUUUGACAACUUACAAGAAAAUUCAGAUAUUUUAAAUAUAGAUUUUCUAGAAUGCAAAAGUUUUAAAACAUUUUAUACAAAAAAAAAAAAAAAAAGAUCCAAGGAAGAAAGAAACAUACACAUUCUAGACCAGUGAUUCUCAAGUCCAAUCCUCGAGGGCCACUGUCCUGCAUGUUUUGGAUGUUACCCUGCUCCAACACACCUGAUUCAAAUGAUCAGCUCGUUAUCAAGCUCUGUAAUGGCCUACUAAUGAGCUGAUCAUUUGAAUCAGGUGUGGACUUGAGAACCACUGGUCUAGACGCACAGGAAAUGAAAAAACUCAGAGUACUUGUAAAAAGAACCAACCUAAAACUGACAUUAAAGCAUCUGCAGAGUCUUGUCACAAAAUAAAAGCAGAUUUAGAUGUUCAUAAGUCUAACAGCAGUAAGGUUUUCACUAAUAAAACUGCUUCAAUUUCUCUGUGAUACUCAUGAUUUCAUGUAUUGUACCAGCGUGAGAAUCAAACCUCUGUCUCUGUCCGUCAGGAAACGGUUGUGAAUCCCGCACCUGCUGGGAAGUGUCUCCUGCAGAUCUACAACGUUGCCCCAGGUGACAUCAAUGUGAAAAUUGGCCAGUACGACCUGUUUCCAGCUUCCAUCACACGCCUGCAGGUAACUAAAUAAGAGGAGGUUCACAAUAUCAAUAACAUGAUUUCUUUUUUUUAUGUAUGAGUUAUCCGGGUCCUUUUUAGAUUGUAUCUCAAAACUAGUCAGGAUUAUGGAUUUAAGAUCAACAUAUGUUAGAAUGAGAGGCUCUUAUCUCUUAAGAGUCCUUAUCUGCACAGGAUUAAUCUGCCGUGUCACUUAUUAUCUUUGUUUAAACAGGAAAUGCUCAGUUGACAUUAAAAACCACUUGUAUUGAUUAACUAGUUAACAAACAUGGAUUACCAAAUGAAAAAGAGAUCAGAUGCUGAAACUGUUUCUAUCCAGUGAACUAAAACUCAAAAACAUGCACAACACUGACAGGUGUGGAUGUUUAUUGUGGGUUCAUGAUGAGCAUGUUCAUGUUUGUUUUUGUAAAGCCUUGCGGACAAAUUAAACCAGUUUAGUCUCUUUGAGUUGUGUACUUAAAGAGAUAUUUCAGUAUUUUUGAAGUGAGGUUGUAUGAGUCACACGUCACUGGACUAGUUACACCAGCAUGCAAGCUCAAGCAAGCUUUUCUGCAGACAGGAUCAACUCUGCCAUUCAAUUUAGCAAAUUUUAAGACAUCUUAAAAGGAUCCCAGUUACUUUUCGAGUUACAUCAUGCGUUAAAUUCUCUUAUUUUGCCAAAGCUGAUUUUCAUACUGAAGAUAAUGUUUUGAAAUUUCUGCUCUCCACUCUCGUUGUCAGGACCCUCCUAAGUAUGAAACACUCCAGCUUGAGGCUGCCAGCAAGAACCUGACGAUUGAAAUCACCUCCAAUGGAGUCACCUCAGAGUGUGAGCAGACGUUUGAGCAAAUGAAAGCCUACAGUCUCAUAGUAGACUCGGACAUCAUCGGCUUCCAGUGCAAACUUGUGAGUGGCCCUGAAACAAAGUUCUGUAGGGUCUUCAAAAUAUAUUUACAACUCUGAAUCAUGAAGACAAACAGGGUGGAGCUGUGAAUAAGAUUAGAUGUUGUUGGUGAUAAGUGCAUUGACAAGGCUGUUUUUGUUUUUUUAAUCAUCAUCAGGUGGAAGAUAACAUCCAGAAAACAGGAGAUGGGAAUCCUUAUCUGAGGUAAAACAUGUUUCAUCUCAGAGGUUUAAACUCAUCCUUACUUGUUAACAGUUUAGCCUCACUAAUACCUAAAUCUAAUUUAACAGAUUUCUGAAUAAGGGACCAGAUCCAAUAGGCAUAAGUGUUGGAGAUGCAGAGUUCCUUGUACCUUCUGGUUUCAUGUCUCCAAAUCAGAGUGUCGAGCGAGGAGAGUAAGUCACCUUCCCUUUUUCUCACCUGUAUCGAACUGACUCAUUAGCCUCUGUAACUCAGUGCACUCUGUCACAUGGUUAGUCCCUUUGUGAUCAAAGUCAACAACAACACAUGGCUUUGAACCUUGAGCUUCAAAAAACCUAGCAGCUUCCUUUUCUAGUGUUUUUUUUUACUUACUCUGACAGUUUACUCUUACUACUCUAGAGGCACUUUGGGCAGCAAGUUGCUUUCUCUAGCAAUUUCUUUUUUACUCGACUCCAUGUUUACAUCAUCAAACAAAUUAACCAACUCUUUGCUAACUUUGUAAAUUUCCUUUUCUUCAUCAUCUCCAUCUUAAUGCCUCUUUUGUCCUCCUGUAGAUACACUGAUGUCACCUGCACCAUACCCACCACACCACCAAAGCCCUGCCCCAAACUCAACCUGGGCCUGCUGGACUUUGGAGCGUCCUACACUGUCAUACUCAUGGAGGUCAGGAUCCUUGAUGCUGUAUAUACUUAAACUUUAUUCAUGAUCUCACCUGCUCAUUAGCGUGAUAGAGACCUCUCUGUGUCCUUUUAGGAAUCGGGUAAACCUGUUCCUCACAAGAUGGAGGAUGUGAAAGCCAACAACGUGCACAUAGCCUGGCAGAUCCCUCAGUACGUCCUCAUGACUAUGGGAGAGGUCAUGUUCUCCAUCACAGGCCUGGAGUUCUCCUACUCACAGGUUAGUCAUUGUAUUCUCAGUAAGUACAGACCGAGAAAUAACGUAAUAUCCACAACAAUCAUUUCAGAGGACUACUUACUUCCUUCUGAGUUGGAAAAUGAGUUUAUAGUUUACUUCCUCAGAAAGGGCAGUAAUUCUGAUUAGAGAUUCAUGAGAAAGAUUACUGCAGCUCUAAUCUGGGAUAUAUUUCACAACCUGUAAAACAAAAAUGGAGGACAAUAAAGCGAGUCAUCUUCAAAAUAAAAGAAGUAGAUGAAACAAAAAUAACAGGACAAAAAUGAAGAAAAAGAUUUUUUUUUAUUUUUUUUACAGCUGUUGUUAAUGUUUCUUGCUGUGCUCCAUUUUUGGUACAAACUAUAGACUAAACAUUACACUGGACAUCAUGAAUGUUCACUAGCUGUAAAAGCGAAAGAUUUAGAGCUCCCCCUACUGACUGACUGCAGGAUAUGUCAUAAACUACACCUCCUUCAUGUUAACAGAGUACAUACAAUAGGUCAAACUAUCACAUUUCUUACUUUUUCCUCUACUUGUCUCACUCAGUGUAUUUAUUGUCCUGUUGUUAUCUGCAGAUUUGUUGGGCGCAUGCUUUUGCUCAUUUUAUUGUUCUUUUUUAAUGUUUUUUAUUGUUCGUGUUUUCUUACUGCUAGCUGCAAAACAAAAAAAUUGUCCUUCACAUGGAUAAUGGAGUUCACCUUACACUUUGAACUUAAGUUUGUGUGACUUCCAAAAAUUCAACUCUCCUGUCAAAAUAAUCAAGAUCAGAACUUUUCUCCUGCUUGUGAGACAAAUGUAAAGUCCCUGUAUUUAGCCGUACCAUAAUCAGACAUAAGUCAAAAAUCAAAUUUAACUGAGGUUUUGCAAUUCAGUGUGGGAGCAGGAAGCUUUAGAGCCACAAUUCAACCUCCAUGUGCUGAGUGUUUUAUGUUUAAAAACACAAGGUUUGUGGAGGAGUACUGGGAGUUAACAUUUCUCGGAAAUAGUCCUUCUCCAGAAGUGAUUUCAUGAGUACCAGGCCUAAGGCUCUGACUAAGAAGUUGUCAUAAAUCAUUGGUUAAACUACAUUUCUUUCCAUAACUUUUAUUCCUUUGGGUCAGAUGAAGGUAAGGAAGUAUUAAACUCAUGAAUCUGUUUAGUGUUGGUACCAUUUCAGAGCUGUAUUGUCUCCUAUCCUUGCUAACUGUGGAGUUUUCUUUUUUUCUUUCAGGCUCCGGCCAACAUGAAGUCAGUCCUUCAGGCCGGCUGGCUGCUCACAGUUGCUUUUGGGAACGUGAUCGUGCUGAUUGUGGCAGAGGGUGCGGGACUGGAACAGGUAUGAAGUAUUGCAUAUCAGAGUAUAGUUUUAACUCGUGGUAUCCAGCUCAGUGGCUAUUUUUGUCGCUCUAUCUGUCCUAUUACUUAAUAUCUCAGGAAUGUCUCAUGGAUGACCUGAAUCAAAGUUCAUGAUCAAAGAUUCAUGUCUCUGUCAUCAGUUUGAGGUAUUUUUUCACCAGUACUAAAGAUAGUACUGAUAAUAAGACACAAUUUACUGGAAUACCCGGUGAGAUAAAAAUGCUUGAAUUCAAAAUAUUGAAUUUUUCGCCCAAAAAUGCAAGGGUCAACAUCGCUGUGACAAAAAGUUUUUCAGUGUUUAUUUUGUAGAGCUAUGAACUGGGACUACAACUGUGAGCUCAUAAGAGUGAGGCUGCUUCUGAUAAUGAUUUAAGAGGGAAAAAAACACUGAUAACCGGGAUAUAAAGCGUCCGUGAGAAAAUUCUAGUUUGUGUUGAUUUUCCCAGCCUGUGGACAAAGAGGUGUCUCCUCUGUCUGUGUUGGCCAACCCUUCACAUGCGAUAGUAGUGAUUUUCUCUCGGCUUUUGUUUUUGCAAAGAAGUGUCACAGGUCAUUUCCUUUCUUCACUCUGAUUGGUUGGUGAUAAAGAAAUGCUAUUGAUAAGUGUGGCAGUGUUCCUAAAAGUUGGAGUAUGUGUCAACUGAGAACAGAAGGCACAGGAGUGAAAAAGUGAAUAAAUAGAAAGGUAACACUGAAGGCUAAUGAAAACGCUAAAGCACAUUUGGUUUAAAUAGAUUAAGUUGUUGCUCGUGCAAUAAACGUACACAGCCCUGAUGGACAAAUUAUGCAACAAAACUCUUUUGAAUACCUAAAUCUCUGUUUUACUUUGAAAGAAAAUAUAUACGCCUAUAUCAUUAUACUACCUGAAGGCCAAGAGUGAACACAUUUUUCACUGUUGAAGCUCUGACCAGUAUCUGUUGUUUUCUCAGUGGAUUGAAUUCCUGCUGUUUGCUGGUCUGCUGCUGGGCGUCUGCAUCAUCUUCUCCAUCAUGGCUUCAUUCUACACCUACGUCAACCCUGAUGAGCUGGACAAGAUUUACCUGGAGGACUCAGGGAAGGAGGAAGACGACCAGGACAACUUGAAGGAAAAGAGGGAAGACAUACAGCUGAACAAAGCAGGGAAGAGCACCAAACUGUAGCAUCCACUCAUUUUAGCCAUCGUUAAGUAUUUGAUGAACUAAGAGACUGUACUCUGUUUUUUUAAAUUUAAUAUACAUACUUUUUAUGGUGAUAAGAUGUGAUCAUUGGACAUUCAAAAUUCUAACCUCAGAACAAAAGAGUAUCCUCUGAUUGAGACUGAAUGCAUGAAGAAGUGUUCAAAAGUGCCAUUCCCCACACCAUGAUCAAUAGUAUUAUUUCAAAUGAAUGUUAAAUAUUAUAUGUUAUAUAUGAGUGCUGUAUGUUUGUUGCAUAUUAACUCCAUAUCAAAAUGUUUAUUUUUUAUGAUGCUUACAAAUAAUCACAACCUUUUUGAUAAAAAAAUGUCAGUGACUGUUCAGUUUACAUUGUGUGCCUUUAACUAUGACAUUAAAGGACCAGAGUUUGAGGUGGUUUUGCAUAUUGAAGGAAAAUUAAAAAGUGUAACAUUUUUAGGAUUAUCGACUGAAAGCUCAGGGCUCUGCAUUUUGGUUGUCACAGAUUUCUUUAUUUUGCAAGAUAACCUGAAUGUGUUUGGAUGAAGUUCAAAUGCAUGUUGCCAAGUCUGUUCUGAUUGAAAUGCUGCUUCUCAAAGAUAGCUGCCUUAAUCAUGCUGCGUCUCAGAUUGAACCCUUUCAAGUGACAUUUGCAGACUCAGCAUUAUGACAGCGUCCAUUACCAUAUUAUGAAUAUUUUAUCAUUGCUUGAAUAAUGUGCAUAAGGUGUGUAUGAGACACAGCACAGUACUUGAAUAUACCGAUCCUGCUAUUUCAGGAGAAAGACCAAUGCAGACAAAAAGUCACAAGGUUCAAAAAUUUGCCCCUUGGUCUGUGUUUUUGCGAAUGUAGUCGCUCCAAAGCAGUAAGAAAAAGUUUAUAAAGUUUAAACAACUGCCUGAAGUAUUGGACCACAUAUUUUAUCUGCUCUCUUUUCAUGUAAAACCAGCUGCAAGGUCCUUUCAAGUCAUGAGAUACUUGAUGGAUUUUUUUGUAAAUUGUGCUGCUCCCUAUGAAGUUCUGUAAAUAGAUGUGAUGCAAAAGCUUGUUUUUGAGUUUGUUGUGAUCUUAAAGCACAUUAAAAAUGCUCCUUGUUA